CCCGCAUCGCGAGGAUUCGACUGUCGAGGUUGGCGGCGAAACAAGCGGGAGCGAUUCGAUCUUGAGUGAGAUAGACACGCUUCCCCGUGACAGGUCCACGAAGGUAAAUCACAGCACCUGUUCUCGGAUUAUGGGACUUAGCUUACACCGGACCACCAAUACAAGACACCUGGUCCUGACCAUCACGAAAAAGCUUAUCAACCAGAGGGGAAGGGAAAAGGCAGAGCGACUUAUCCGUCGGGACCCAAAGGAAAAGGCAAAGACACGAGCUUUUGCGCAGCGGAAGGGACCAGCGUGCAUUACUUUGCGAAGCCUUUCGUUCCUACGCGGGAGGACAUCCAGAAGUGGAUUGAUCGGGGCCCUCUUCGCCCUUUCCGCCCCGGAGAGACACUACCAACGCAAGCGUUUGCGAUGCCGGGGCCCCAGGCCUUUACAUCGUCGACACGGCCCGCUUGCGUUGUCCAGGACUAUUAUGACCCAAACGAUAAAUUCCAAGGAGACUACUCUGUCUUCAAGACGCUAAGCGAUGCCCAGAAGGUCGAUAUCAUUGCGCGAGAAGCAGAGGAGUAUGGCAUAGAAAAGCCGCGAGGCUACAAUGUGUCGUUCCAUUACAACCCCCAUGUCGAGUACCACCACUUUGGAAGCUCUCAUCCUAUGAAACCCUGGAGGUUGACAUUAACUAAGCAGCUGGUGAUUGCUUAUGGGUUGGAGUACGCCAUGGACCUCUAUGAACCGCGACCAGCGAGCAAAGACGAGCUCGCCAUCUUCCACGACCGAGAGUAUCUAUCCUUCCUUGAAGCAAUCACUCCCCAAAACAUGAAGCAUCACGACGAAGGCAUGAAAGCUUACGGAUUCGGCGGCGAAUCUAAUGACUGUCCCGUCUUCGAAGGACUGUGGAACUACGUCUCAUUAUACAGCGGAGCCUCCAUGCACGCAGCACAGAAUUUGCUUAAUAACCAGUCUGAUAUCGCCAUCAACUGGUCCGGUGGCCUGCACCACGCCAAGAAGAAGGAAGCCUCCGGCUUCUGCUACAUCAACGACAUCGUCCUCGCCAUCCAGCACCUCCUUACCCAGCACCAACGGGUCCUGUACAUCGAUAUCGAUGUCCACCACGGCGACGGCGUCGAACAAGCCUUCGAAUCGUCGGACCGCGUCUUCACCCUCUCCUACCACAAGCACGGCUUCGACCGCCAUUACGGCUACCAGUUCUUUCCCGGCACAGGCGACAUCCACGAAAUGGGUCCCACGGACCCAACUAACCCGGGCAAAGGCCACGCCCUCAAUAUCCCCAUCGACGAUGGCAUCGACGACGACCAAUACAAAUGGCUCUUCAAAACAAUCACCGACGCCGUAGUCGAAAAGUACCGGCCCACAGCCAUCGUCCUCCAAUCAGGCGCCGACUCUCUCGGUGGCGACCGCCUGGGUCGCUUCAACCUGAAUAUCAAAGCGCACGGCUUCUGCGUGGAAACCGUCAAGAACUACGGUCGGCCCAUGCUCCUCAUAGGUGGAGGAGGAUACACGCCCCGCAACGUCGCCCGGACCUGGUGUCACGAGACCGCCGUCUGCGUCGGCGCAUCCCUACACAACGACCUCCCAACGCACAUUCCCUACAUCCAAGCAUUCCAAGGCGAAGAAAACGGCGGCGGCAUCUUGUACCCGGAGCUGCACAACCGGUCUCGGCACGACAAUCUCAACACUGCCAAAGCGCUGCAGACGCUGGUGCAGAGGGCGAUGGAGAAUCUGAGGUAUUUGGAAGGGGCGCCGUCUGUGGUUGUGAAUACGCAGGGGAUUAGCAUGGAGCAGCUGAUGAGGAUUCGGGAGGAGAUUGAUAGGGAGAUUGAGGAGGAGAGGCAGGAUAAGAUGCACGCCAGUGUGGAGAAGAUGAGGAGGUCAAAGGAAAGGAACACGGGGGGGAGGGGCGAGAGAGGCUUGAAGUGAUAGAAGAUAGUGAAGAAAUGGUGGAGGAACGAGGCUGUGAGUGU